GGCUUGAGAUAAUUGAUAUCGCCACGACCACAAAUACAAUACCAAAAAUGGCGUUUUCAAUCGUCAUCCUUCUCUAUCUCCUUCAAUCUUUCAACUUCGCUAGUUCACAGUCUUUUAUUGGGGUCAAUUAUGGUCAAGUGGCUGAUAACUUACCCCCACCAUCAGCCACAGCGAAGCUCCUACAAUCUACGGCUGUACAGAAAGUUAGGCUCUAUGGUGCUGAUCCAGCAAUCAUUAAAGCACUGGCAGAUACUGGAAUUGGGAUAGUUAUUGGUGCUGCUAAUGGAGACAUCCCUGCUUUAGCUUCAGAUCCCAAUUUUGCGACUCAGUGGGUUAACUCGAAUGUUUUAGCGUACUAUCCUUCUAGCAAGAUCAUUCUCAUCACAGUUGGUAACGAGGUAUUGUUGUCGAACGAUCAAAACCUGAUCUCUCAGCUUUUACCAGCGAUGCAAAAUAUGGAAAAAGCACUUAGCUCUGCCUCCCUCGGCGGCAAGGUCAAGGUCUCCACUGUGCAUUCCAUGGCCAUACUGUCUCAGUCCGACCCGCCUUCUUCGGGUUUGUUUAGCCCGGCUUAUCAAGACACUAUGAAAGGGUUAUUGCAGUUUCAAAAGGACAAUGGCUCACCCAUUGCCGUUAAUCCGUACCCCUUUUUUGCGUACCAGAGCGACCCAAGACCGGAGACUCUGGCUUUUUGCUUGUUUCAACCCAACUCGGGACGAGUUGACUCGGGUAAUGGGAUCAAGUACAUGAACAUGUUUGAUGCUCAGGUUGAUGCUGUACGGUCGGCCUUAAAUGCUAUGGGAUUCAAUGACAUUGAGAUUUUGGUUGCUGAGACAGGGUGGCCUUACAACGGUGACAGCAGUGAGGUUGGCCCAAGCGUUGAGAAUGCAAGGGCUUAUAAUGGCAAUUUGAUUUCUCACCUUAGAUCAAUGGUUGGAACCCCACUAAUGCCUGGAAAAUCUGUAGAUACAUAUAUCUUCGCCCUUUAUGAUGAGGACUUGAAACCUGGUCCUGCUUCGGAACGAUCGUUUGGGCUUUUCAAGCCCGACCUUUCAAUGACGUAUGAUAUUGGUCUUUCAAAGAGUAGCUUGACUCCAUCGACUCCAAAAACUCCAGUAACAUCAUCACCAAAGCCAGCAGCAGUAGGCUGGUGUGUGCCAAAAACUGGUGCUUCUGGCGCUCAAUUGCAGGCAAGUCUCGACUAUGCCUGUGGCCAAGGCAUAGAUUGCGGCCCCAUUCAACCAGGAGGUGCCUGUUUCCAACCAGAUACUCUGGCAUCACAUGCUGCUUAUGCCAUUAAUCUCUACUACCAGGCUUCUGCAAAGAAUCCAUGGAACUGUGAUUUCUCAGAAACGGCUACCCUCACAUCCAAAAAUCCCAGUUACAAUGGCUGCACCUACCCUGGUGGGAGCACUUGAAAAAUCAAGAGCAGGUUUCAUUUUGGUACUGUACCUUGAUGGUUUUGAUUUGAAUCUGCGAUUGUAAAGGCUUCCUCCUUCAAUUUGGAAGCAUUGAUUUAGAUCUCUCUUUCUCGCUGUCCAUUUUCAAUGGUCUGAUGCUGUUAAGGUAGUAGGAAGUACGCCAUGAAGUGCAAUUAUGUUUAGACGAACUUUAUAAACUUUGUCACGUGGUUUCUGGUACCAUUUUUCAAAUAUCCAAUCAUGUACAUCUGUUAUAGACAAGGCUUGAAGUGGCAAUCAUGCCGUUUUCUAAUUUACAAGGCUCAAACUUCAAAUCUA